UGAGGGGCUUUGCUGCACAUCAAGGACUGUCACAGCAGGUUGCCUCUGGGCUGGUGAUGCUGAGACUCAAUGGCACUGGGCAGAUGCAUUUGGGAAGGUUGGACCUUGGAGAGUGAGGCCCUGAUUCGAGAUCUGGGCACAUGGCUCCUAUUCUGUACCUGUGCCUGCUGGGGAGUUUCUGUCCCUGAGGAGGGAGGAGGGCCAUGGGCUGGAACCUUCACCUGCCUCACCAACAACAUCCUCAGGAUCGAUUGCCACUGGUCUGCCCCUGACCUGGGUCCUGGCUCUGGCCCCUGGCUCCUCUUCACUAGCAACCAGGCACCUGGCAGCAAGCACAAGUGCAUCUUCCAGGGCAGUGCCUGCACCCUGGAGCUGCCCCCUGAGGAGGUGCUCUUGCCCUCUGACAACUUCACCAUCACUCUCCACCGCUGUGUCUCUGGGAAGGAGCAGGUCAGCCUGGUGGACCCACAGUACCUGCCCCGGAGACAUGUUAAGCUGGACCCUCCCUCUGACCUGCACAGCAACAUCAGCUCUGGCUCCUGUGUCCUCACCUGGACCAUCAGCCCUGCCCUGGAGCCAAUGACCACACUUCUCAGCUAUGAGCUGGCCCUCAAGAGGCAGGAAGAGGCCUGGGAGCAGGCCCGGCACAAGGACCGCAUUGUGGGGGUGACCUGGCUCAUCCUUGAAGCCAUCGAGUUGGAUCCUGGAUCUACCUAUGAGGCUAGGUUGCGUGUGCGGAUGGCCGUGCUGGAGGACGAUGUGAUUGAAGAGGAGCGUCAUGAGGGCCAGUGGAGUGAGUGGAGCCAAUCUGUGUGCUUCCCCUCACCCCAGCGAGGAGGCCUCCUGGUCCCAUCCUGGGGCUGGCUAGACAGCACUUUUGUUGCUGUACCUGUCUUUCUCCUUCUGACUGGCCUGACCUACCUCCUGUUCAAGCUGUCACCCAGGGUGAAGAAAACCUUCCACCAGAACGUGCCUUCACCAGCAGUGUUCUUCCAGCCCCUCUACACUGUGCACAACGGGAACUUCCAGACCUGGAUAGGGACCCAUGGAGCCAGCCCACAGCUGACUCAGGACUAUGUCAACACCCUGCAAGGAGCCUCAGAGUCCAGCAUCUGGGAGGCCAUCACACUGCUCACCUAUGGCCUGGCACGCUCCAGGCAGUCCUCAAGCCUGGAGGAGCAGGAGGGCACUGGUCCUGGUCUCUCAGAAGCCCUGAGCUCAGUGAGUGUGCAGCCAGCAGGAUGUGUGGAGUUGGGGGAACAGUCAGCCUACCUGCCACAGGAGGACUGGGCCUUUGUGUCCCUCACCAGGCCAGCUCCCCCAGACUCCCAGGGCAGAGGCAGUGACUACUGUGCCUUGGCCUGCUACAGGGGGUGUCAGCCCUCAGCCCUCUCAGGAAACACACAGAGUACGUGGCCCAUCCCAGCUUCAGCCUGUGGCCCUUCCUGCAGCCAACAGGGUGCAGAGUCCCAGCAGGGAGACACCUGUGAGGGAGCUGGUCAUGGUCAGAGGCACGGACUACAGGAGGAGCUGCCUUCUACUCUGGACAUGCUGCAGGCUCAGUCCUGAAAAUUCUAGAACUGGACUGCGUUGCAUCAUGUCCAUUUUGGCAAAAAUGGACUAAAGUCCCUGGAGCUGACCCUUGGCUCAACUGGACCUCCUGGGAAGGGGCACCUGUGUAUGGCCAGAGCCUGGAUGGAAGCAGGAAGCCCUUCUCAGCCUCUGUGCUCCUGUGGGGAGGGGCCUCACCCUCAGCAUCCUGACAGCCAGCCCGUCCCUUCCCUCCCUCCUUCAGGCUUUGUCCCAGUCUUCCCUCAGAAGAGGGUUGUGGACCCAAGCUGUUCUACCCUCACUCCCGUAAAGGGCCAGCUGGGCCCAGUGGACACCGGUGAGACACCAUGACCACGUGGAGCAUCCUCUUCUAUGCCUUCUUGAGACACCUUCCCUGAUGAGAUUAAAAGGGACAUCUUGGCUAUUUCAAAUUGCAAGGGGGGCAGCUGGAGGAGGUGGGAGGGGUGGUUUGUCCAGCCCUAUGCUUUCUGGGCUUCAGGACUUUGGGGAUAAUGUUUUUAACACAUGAAAUCUGGAAGGCAAACAUUCUGACCGUGGUGCCAUGCUUUCAGAUCAAGGCAUGGGAUGGCAGGCUCCAUUUCAGCUUAAAUGCCCAAAAUUAUGUUGUGGAAUAAUCAGAACAGUGAAUUUUAGAGGUUCUGCAUCAGGACUAGCCUGUGGCACAGACUGAACAAGCUAACAGAAUCCAAGCUCAGGAGGCAGUUGAUGCCUGUGAAAAGAGAUAAACAGAAGUUGCUUGGGGAAAUGAAGGUAUGGUACGAGGUCUUCCAAGCUGAUCAGAGGUGGUUCCAGGAGCUGCCUCUAGGUUCUACCUGGUAGGUAUGGUCCUAUGGGGCUCCUGGGGUUGCCUCCAGGUCUGGCUGUCCUUCCCCAGGAGGCUUCUGUGGGCAAAGAUGCAGACUUGGGUUUGUCCCUGCAUUCUCCUGAGUUUAUCCUCUGCAUCUACAGGUGUCUCCAUAUAGAACCCUCUUUGCCUCACUGUGAGGCACAAAGACAAGGGGAGUGCAGGUGGCUCAGGUGUGGGCCAGAGCAGAGGCCUGGGGGAGCUCAGAGUCCCCAGGCCUCCAUGACAUGGAUGCUGUGCAGUUCUGUUAUUGACCCACCUAUUGAGGUACAUCCUAAUUCCUUAAAGUUCUUGACCAUUGUGAACACGA